UAUCUAUUUACUAGGAAGCGUGAGAACAAAGCCUACUUACUGAAUGUGGAGUCUAAACUAAUUCCUGUGUACUGUCACAUGGAAGCUGCUGAGCUUGGAGCAUGCGGAGGAGGUGGAUGGACGCUCGUCAUGAAGACCGAUGGCGAAAAGGUAACAGCAGCGAUGCAACAAUUUUUGGCCCCGCAGGGAUUUCGCCGAGAAGGCGAAAUCCCAAGGAGGCACUCUAGUAACUCGCGCGUAUAUUAAGGAAAGCACUUACAGCUGGAAUAUACAGUCAGUGUACCAGAAAAAUCUCGACUUGCCUGAACAGGGGACGCGAGGAAUCGGUAGGUAAUGAUGACGUUUCUAUUGUUUGCGCCCGCAAGUAAGAUUUUGUGACAUUUAUUGUGCAAUCAUACUUCGAUACUCUUUUGCGUUACGUGUUAUCAGUGACAUUCUGUGGAGCAGUUGUUUUAAAAGUUAUGACGUGUUAUGGACCAAAAGACACUCGUUAGGCGCAGAUGAAGUUCUAAGGUGCGUACAACUGUGUUUAUACUACUACAUGAGAAGUUUCUGCAAUUUGAUUGGCUUAGAGCAGUGGUAUUUCAGCUUAAUUUGAAAUACCUACUUGUGAAAAUUACAAACCUUUUGCGGGUAGUAGUAUAAACAAAUAAUAGCAUGAUUUGUACGUGAUAUUUGGCAUAAAUACCACUUGUGAUAUUUCAAAAUUGUCUCAAAUUUCACUCGCCCAACAGCUCGUGAAAUUACGUAUAACAAUUUUGAAAUAUCACUCGUGGUAUUUAUGCCAAAUAUCACUACAAAUCAUGCUAUUACCUAUACAUAUAUAUGGAGAGUUUGCCAGACACGAGUUCAGAAUUUUUUGAUUGGAAACCUUGCCAGACUCUCUUUCUCUCUCUUUGACCGGAAUAAGACUCAGCCCCAAACAAGCAAGACGAGUGAACAACGGCUGGCUUAUCACUAGCAGAACGUUGGACGAUUACAGAAAUUCGCCGACAAUCAAAUUCUGUGCUGACCUUAUGGCUCUUGGUGCUGACUUAUUCCCUGCCCAUAGAUCAUGUCCUUCCGCUAUAAAAUUUAAAAUAAGACUAGAAUGCCCGAGCGUGAAUUGAUCAAACGUCCUUUUAAUUUCUAAGGCUUACAUUCCGACAAAUAAAAUGAACUGAAUGUAAAACGUGAAAGAGAAAGAGCGAAAAAUUCAACUUCUAAUUAAUUCUUUACUUAUGGUUUAGAAUAAACUAUUCUCGAAACUGAGAAUGUUUUGAUCAAAGCUGAGUAAAUCGAACUGGAACUGUGCAUAGAACCUUGCGUUUCCUGUAUUUAUCUCACCUAUUGUAUGGAAUAUGUGUGAAAAUCUUCAUUAUGAAUCGGUAUAUUUCAAAGAGCUACACACCGAGCAAGAAUACUAUUGACCGACAAUAUACAGAACGGGGGCAGCUGUAGUGUCAACUAUUACUAGUAGUAUUCAUUGAUAAUAUAUUGCCCGGGUUCAAGAUUGGCUCCAAUCCCUCGACUAAUUCUUCAUAACCAGCCGCCGUUUACCAUAUUUGGAAGAUGCAGGACUGAAUAUACAUGAUCGACGAUUCUAUGGUAUAUUGCCUAUUGUUAAAAACUGACUCAUUGGAUAAUGCAAUUCUAGUGCUCUGAUUGGCUUAGCGCCAUCACGGUAUAUGAGCCAUUAGUAAAAUCCAACUAGUGGUCUAUUAUCAAUGCUGCGUUCUGAUUGGUUGAGCUACUACUAGGCCUUAUAAAAAGCGAGGGCUUUUUGGCGGCAAAAAAGGAUUAAAGUCCAGCUUUAACUAGGUAAAAUUUUUUUAUUCUCGAUAUUUUUGACCAACUAGUUGGAUUUUACUAAAACAAUUAUUUCUCUCGCCCUCAUGGCCUCUCUGAGUCAAUAGCCCAUUCGGCCUUCGGCCUCAUGAGCUAUAAACUCAGAGCUCAUUCGGGCUCGAGGAAUAAUUGUUAAUUAUACCAUGCUCCCCCAAUAUGGUAACUGUACGCGUCUGCUCAAAUUUAAAAACAAGCUGAAAAUCGGUUGUUUUUACAAAUAAAGGUGGGAAGAAUUCUCGAUACUGUUUUGUGGGCGUUCUUGAUAAAACAAUUAUUCUACUCGCCCUUGUUGGAUAUGAGAUGAUUAUAGCCAUCUCGGCACUACGCGCCUCGUUGGCUACCAACCAUUUCAUAUCAAACGCGCACUCGUGGAAUAAUUGUUAAAUGACCCGUCGAUCAACCUAGAGCAGUUUCCUUUAAACUAUUUUUUGCUAAAAUUGCGACCGAGAAUUGCUACCAAAUCAGUUUUGCGACAGAUUGCAAUCCUGGACAUAAGUGAACAGCGGAGCUGGAUUUAGGAAUGUAACUAAACAGCUUUUAAACAAUUAGCAGAAAGGAAGCGAACAUACCCUCAGCUUUUCGCUGGGGUUACAGGUAUUAAAAUAUCAAAUUUGGAAAUUGCCAAUCCAUACUUGACCGCACGGUAUGGCAGUCUGUUGUGUGAACCAUUCCGGCUCAUGUUUAAAACUAGCUGUUAGGUAAAUUUUAAGCUUUGGUAUGAAUGGGGCAAAAGGCGUGAUUUCAAUCCAGUGCAAUCCUUGGGGCAAGUUUUUUUAAUAGCGCACGAACAAAACGUUUAUUUUCUGAAAGGUUGAUAUUUUCAGAUGAAUUGUGAAUUGUUUUGUACAGAAAUUGAUUUACCCUUUUUGGCAUAUUUCCUACCAUAAUAAUGCUGCGCAAAAGUGGGUGAUCCGAGAUAGCCCGUGAGGAGAAUCUUGUGUGCCGCUCACAAAAAUGUUACCGCGAAGGUUUCUUACAAGAAUAGGGCUCUACUGACAAACCAUGAGGCUAAUUUGGCUCGAUUUUGGCUGAGUUCCUUUUUAUUUGCUUUUGUAUGAACCGAGACCGAGUUGAGGUCCAUAAAAACGUGAAAAAGAACCAGCCCAGUAUCCAUUCCUCUUGACCGAAGAUUUGGUAAAUCAACGAUUUAUUACAUCGCCAAAAAAGAAAUUGUUUCUCGCACAGACCACAGGAUUCGCUUCAUCUUGACGAGUCGUAAAACGGCCAGUCAUAUAAUGAAGCCUCUUCACACUGGCUCACUAGUACACCGAGAUGGCGGCCAUUGACCAUCAUCACAGCGACAUUUUUCGAGGAAUCUCGCCAUGUCACGUCAUUUACCUGGCUGGGGUAUUUAUUACAUUGUUUUAAUUCUUACCAGGCGUUUGAUUGUCUUAGCCUAGAUAUUCUCAAAACUACUUGGGGAGGGGGAGGAGGUUGGAUGUAGUUGACCCCCAGGGCCCAGAAGGCCAAAUUGGAUAGUCUUACAAACUUUUGGAGCGGAAUGUGACUGCUGUGAUGUCAUGUGAAAACAGUUUGUUAAUUGACGAUAUAUCAUUCUUUAUCUGUUUAGAAUACCUUUCUUUACUAUUCAAAAUUGUGGACCAACAGGAAGAACUAUAAACCCUCUACAGGAAAGACCCUGCUUGAUAAUCAAGAAACAAAAUUACCCACGUACUGGAGCACACCAUUCACUAAGAUCUGCCUCGCUAUGAAGAUCGGCCAUCAAGUUAAUUCGAUCGUCAUCAACAAAGAAGCCAACUCCUUACACUCCCUGAUCGCUGACGGAAACUACCUUUCGACGUCACUGGGUCGUGACACCUGGAAGAAGCUGAUUGGCCAACAGGCAUCGCUGCAGAGAUAUUGUAACCGGGAAGGGUUCAAUUGUCUCGGGCAGCGAGGCAUUAGCUAUAUGAGAGUAAGAAUCGGUAUCAUAAGUAACCAAGAGAACGACUGUAUUACCCCUGACUCAAGCAUUGGAUUUGGUACUGGUAGUUAUCCUCGUGAUGACAACACCUGUGGAAACCAGGCCACGGACAAGCAUCGAGCAGACAAUGGUGGCAAAAACAUUAAAGCGAUGGGCUACAUCCUGGUGCAAUGA